CAAAGAAACAGCAAACAGAAGACAAAACAAAAGUCCAAGAUGGCGUCCUCCAUGGGUGGAAUGUUCCCGGGACAACAACAGCAGCAGCCUCCCGGCGCUCAUCCUCCUCUUCCCGGUCCCGGAGCUUCGGGACCAAGAACUUCAGGCAAUACUUUAGUGGAUGAUCUGGAAGCUUCUUUCGAAGCAUGUUUUGCAUCUUUAGUCAGUCAAGAUUAUGUGAACGGGACAGACCAAGAGGAAAUCAGAACAGGGGUUGACCAGUGCAUUCAGAAGUUUCUUGAUGUAGCCAGACAGACUGAAUGCUUUUUCCUUCAAAAGAGGCUACAGCUCUCAGUACAGAAACCAGAGCAGGUGGAGAAAGAGGACAUAUCAGAAUUGAGGAACGAGCUCCAGAGGAAGGAAAUGCUGAUCCAGAAGCACCUGACCAAGAUUCAUCACUGGCAGCAGGUGCUGGAGGACAUUAACGUCCAGCACAAAAAGCCAACGGAUCUACCGCAGGGGCCACUGGCCUUUUUAGAGCAAGCCUCGGCCAACCUGCCCGCUCCCAUGAAACCCAACUGAGCAGUGCCUGUCAUUGUGUGUGUGGAUUAUUUUAGUGUUUGAUGUCUGGAUGCUUGUGUUAAUCCAGUGCUCUUGUAAUCAUUCACAGUCUGGAUAGUAAUUAAAACCUGCAAGAGGGAUUUAUUCUGAUAAAUACAUUCAGGUUUACGAGUGGAUGUUUUGUCUUUUCGUAUUGUGUAGAAUAAAUGUCUACAUUUUGUAA